UCCCUUCCAAGCCGACGACGUAUAAAACGCUCCUUCCAGCAUGUUCACUCCCUCCACAGUUCACCCUCUACUCAAUCCAAACCCAAACAACUCCAUCCACAUCUCAUCUCCCACACAAACCAACCCCUACCCCACCCACACAAUGAAGUCCACCCUCCUCCUCGCCACCCUCCUCGCCGUCCUUACUGCUGCAACCCCAACCCCCGACCUCAUUAAACGCAACUGUCUAGACUGCAACGCGCGUCUCAUCACUUGCAAGCGGGGCUGUGACUCGGCCAAUACGGCCUGUAUCAGGGCUUGUGAGUGCAAGCUUGCGGCGGAAAUAUACUGCAGUGGUCAGUGUCGGAUGACGUGUCCUGCUUGAGAGAUGGGGGAGAUGUGGGUUGGUUGAGAUGGGAGGGAGGGAUACCGUACUGGUGGGAUGGCGCGG